UUCUCUUCUUCGACCGGGUUGUGCUCUCCUCGGGCUGUCAGUUUGUGCCGCGGCGCUGUACAGUGAUGGUCUGUCGUAUAGUGUCGAUCCAUCUUGCGGCAUUGCGUUAUCGUGCGUGUUGCCUGAAUGCUUAAUGAAAAUGAACAGCUAGUGCGAUGUUAAACGACUAUAUAUAAGUAUAGAAAAAUAAAAAGAUUCAUCAAAAGUAAUAAACAUUAUAAUUUACAGUUGUACAGUUUCAGUGUUGUCGAUAACAAGCGUCGAUUAGAAUUCGAGGAUCGAUCUACCGAAUUAAAGGUGGCUUAAUUGUGAUCGAUGAUUUCAGUGCUAUUGGUGUGUGCAUCUGUUCCUUGACAGCUAGGAUAGGAGUGCGUGGACCAAGAAGCGGUUAUGAGAGUUCGAUGACUUCGAGCUCCCGGACUACUAUGGACUAUCUGAGAACGUCGCUUGUCCUGUGCCUGAUAUUUCUUCGGUUCCACGCUGCGCACGCCAUAGACAUAUCACAAUGCAUCGCGCCGCUAGGCAUGGAGUCCGGAGCAAUCCCGGAUUUGGAUAUUACAGCCAGUUCGAGCUUCGAUAGCGGAAAUGUUGGUCCGCAUCAUGGAAGAAUGCGGCAGGAGAGUCACGGCGGCGCUUGGUGUCCAAAGCAACAGAUCACAACGGAGCCUCGUGAAUGGCUGGAGGUCGAUCUUCAUACAGUGCACAUGAUCACUGCCACCGGAACUCAGGGACGCUUCGGAAAUGGUCAGGGCGUCGAAUACGCGGAGGCUUACCUUCUGGAAUAUUGGCGACCUAAACUCGGCAAAUGGGUCCGUUAUAGGGACGUCCGUGGCGAGGAGGUGAUCCAGGGAAACACGAAUACCUACCUGGAAGCAAAGCACGACCUGGAACCUCCAAUCUGGGCCAGCAAAGUCCGUUUCCUGCCGUACAGCUAUCAUCGCCGUACAGUUUGCAUGAGGGUGGAACUUUACGGCUGCCCGUGGAACGACGGCAUAGUGUCCUAUUCGAUGCCUCAAGGGGAUAAACGCGGCAACUGGGAGUUCUUCGACGCCACUUACGACGGCUACUGGGACGGAGAGCUUCGACGUGGUCUUGGACAGCUAACCGAUGGACGGACGGGGCCGGAUAACUUCAAAAUGGGCUACUACGAUUACGACAGAGGUCAAGGGUGGGUCGGCUGGAGAAACGAUACUCGCUCGGGUCAUCCCGUCGAGAUCAAAUUUGAAUUUGAUCGUGUCCGAGAGUUCUCGGCUGUUCACAUAUACUGUAACAAUCAGUUCAUGAAAGACGUGCAGGUCUUCUCAGAAGCAAACAUCCUGUUCAGCGUCGGUGGCAAGCACUACACAGGCGAUCCGAUCGUCUAUACCUACAUGGAGGAUCGUAUUUUUGAGAGUUCGCGUAAUAUCACCAUUAAGCUUCAUCAUCGUAUAGGGAAGUUCGUCAAAUUGAGAUUCUCCUUUGCUGCACGGUGGAUCAUGAUCAGCGAGAUUACCUUCGACUCGGAUAUCGCACAUGGCAACUUCACACCGGAAGUUCCACCAUCGACGGAAGCGCCACGAGCGAGAGAUCGAAAUUCUGCACGGGACACGCCGCUUCAAGCGGAAGUACCAGUCUCCACAGCGAAGCAGGACGACCCGACGUACAUGGCCGUGAUUAUCGGAGUCCUCACUGCUGUGAUACUUCUGCUGGCAGUGGCGAUCUUCCUAAUAGUUUCGCGUCAUAGACAACGAAAGAAUUUCGCCAGUCCUCUGGGAGCCAAGAAUUCCAUCCCUUCGGGGAAUCAUCAGCACCUGUCGCCAGAGUCCGCCUACGGCACCACCGAGAAGGAUCCCUCGCUGAUGACGUACAGGGUCGAGGAACUCGACGACAGGUAUGCCGGCGCGAAGCUCACGACUCUUCCGCGCGACCUCAACGAUCGUCUCCUGGGUGACGUGAGGCUGGACGAGUACCAGGAACCCUUUCACGACAAGUACAGGGAGCCACCUCACGCUGCUUACUACGGAUACAGUACGGUAGUCAUAGACAACAAGGAUCUCCACGAUAACGUUGAACAGUCCGAUGCUACCUACGACUAUGCAGUACCCAUGCCAGUACCGAGUGUAAGCAGCGACCAGGACAGCGUCUUCUCGAAGUCCUCGUCCCGAGGUAGCGCAAAGGCUUGCUUACAGAGCUUUUUCCCACCGCCGCCACCACCAAUGAGUGCCCCGCCACCAAGGGGCUCGAACAAUAUCACGUACUCAAGUCCACCGAGUCCGGAGCCCAUCUGCGAGCGUGAACGCAGGGGCAGCAAACGCCGCGAACAUUCGUUGCAUAGAUACGCAUAAGGUAUAUCAUCGUGAAGCUUCCUGGUGGAAGAUUUCGCUUCGAUUCGCUCGCUCACGCAUCUUACGGUAAUUGUCGCUGCGUACGAGCCGGAGCUAUUCCUUCUUACUUCGUAAGUAAAACUCCUAGAAUACGCUUACGCCUUACCCUUGGCAUCGGUCGCAAUGAAAAUACGAAAUUCUUCAGAGGGACAACUUGUACACGGUGCAAAGGGUCGUGCGUGAUAGCACUCGUAGCUUACAUAUGUCGUGGAGAGUUUCAUGCGCGCGUAACCGAUCUUUUAACUCUUAACCAGUAUACCGGGAAAAGUUAGAGUAAUAGGUAUACGUAUAGUUAGAGGAUAGGAUCGAUUAUCUUUUUUCGAAAAGGCAUACGAACACUUUCGGAAGUCAUAUAGGGCGUAAAUUCGACUUUUCUUUAAUAUCUCCUGAUACACAUUAGGAGAAUCCUAGGAUAAUACGGGAUCCUCUUUACAGCACUUACGCGCUGCUUUCUCGUCCUCUAUGCUUCCGGGGUGUUUCCUGGUAACGCGAUGCGCCCCAGGUAGACGAAAAGAAAAGAAAAAAAAAAAAAGAAAAAAAACUGGAAACUGAAAUCGGCAUAUCAGUUAUACGAUACAAGCGAUUUCGGCGUUAUCGCAAGCGCCGUGGAUUCUUCUGGAAAUUUGUUAGGGAAAUAUGUUUUAACGUGUACUCGUGACUCGGUUACUUUUAUUAAAGAGAAAUGUGUUUCCGUGGUAUUAUAUUUUUUAUUUUACACGAAAGAGAAAGAGAACGAGAGGCACGGAUGUAGGUACAACUUUUAGAGCAAUGAAUCUGAGAAAUCUCUGUGCUUUGUUAUCCUUUUUAUUUUUUAUUUUUUUAUUUCUUUCUCUCUUCCACGUGGCUUCACGAGCACACGUAAGCAAGCAAGCAAGCUGGUAAACAACAAACAAAUGAGCGAGCAGCGAGACGCAAAGUAGCUGCUGUUGAAGAAUGAGCGUCGGCACACACGAGCGAAUUUCCAGAAAGAGUCGUAUCAUCGUUUCGGUGCGUUCAGUGCGCAUGCGCAGGAUCGAUCUUUCGCUCCGAGUUUUAAUGUAGCGGAGAGCACGAGGAGGGGUAUUAAAAAGAAACGAAAGAAACGAAAGAAAGACAAGAGAACACACGUGAAAUUAAAUGAGAAGCGGUUUUGCGUGCGUCGAUCGUCGUACAAGACUGACGUGUUAUAAAAUAUUUGAAUCUGCGCGGGCGAUGUGCGCGCGCAUGCGCAGAUUCCUAAAAUGUAUUAUUUAUUGCGUAUAGCGCCUCUAACGAAUUCUUUUUUUAUUUUAUUUAUAUAAUAAUAACGAGGAUUAAGCUACCUUUAUUUCUCUAUCUACCGACAUCGCCUUCAUGCAACGAGGAAAUCGAAAUCCAAUGUAAGAAUCGACAAUACAGGGAUGAAGACAACAAUAAUACUACUAUCGUAUGUACAGACCCGACCAUAUUGUGAUAUACGAAUCGACAAGAUUUUCACGUACCAUGUAUUUAAUCUCUAUUGAAGAAAAAAAAAAAGAAAAUGAAAGAAACGUUAAAAAUGGGUAAAAUAAACAUACUAAGAAGCUUUAUUACGGUGAAAUACGUCACCUCUACAACGACUGGAUCUUGCUGUUCGUUUUAGUCUUAAACACUUAAUCGGUAUCGUCGCCACGUAGGAUAAAGUGACAGCUUUCAAGUGCUUCGUGUAAAUAAUCAUUAGGUACUUCGUUUCGUAACGGAGAUAACAUUUACGGAUGGAGAGAUAGAGAGAGAGGUGGAGAAGGAGGGGGGGGAGAGGGGGAGGGGAAUAAAGAGAGAGUGCAACGCGACGAUCGUCGCGACAAAAUAAUUUCAUUGCAAUAACUUCAUUUUAACGGAGUAUACUCGAUAACAGUAAUAAUUGUCAAUUUAUCCUAUGCACACCAAGCGAUAACGUUUAACGAGUAAUAAAGUUUAUAGCCGCGAGAACGUCGUUAAGGCUAAUACAGAAACGUUAGGCCAAACGGCCGAUUCGUACUUUGAUUCUCUAUGCUCCACCUACUCGUAUGUACUCGGUGAUAUUUCUCGUGGGAUCGAAUGGAGGUAACACGUAGAAAGAAGAUUUAAGUAAAAAAAAGAAAAGAGGACAGAUACGUAGACAUACAAUUUUCUUUAUAUCAUAAGAGAGUACGAAGUCCCGCAGCGAAUUAGAGAAUGAGUAUAUAUAUAUAUAUAUAUGUCGCGAAUUUGAAUCGCGAGCUUUAUGACGUCACGACGGACUCUCGCUUAAGGUAUUAAAUAUAUAUAUAUAUAUAUAUAUAUAUAUAUAUAUAUAUACGUAUUAUUUUUCAAUGUACAUAGUAAUGUAAUUUAUGUAACGUUCAAUACGCCCAAGAAAAAAACAAACUCUGUAAAUAAUUGUAUUAUAACGAGUAAUACUGAGUGUAAUUAUAUUGACUACCGAAUGCGUAUUUGAUAUUUGUGUGCCUGUAUCCUUUUGUAUGCUAUCGAAAUAGAAUAUAUAUAUAUAGAAGACUACGAGUAUCGGUACUGUACACAUGAAAUUUGUCCCCUGUGACAAAAUAAACUUUUAGUGAAUCGAA